AUGGGAUCGAAAGAGGCGACGGUAGCCUCGUUCAUCGAGUCAGCACCACCAGGAGAGCUCGCCGAUGUCGUCAAUGACAUCAAAGCGCUCGCCAGUAGCCAGCCGAACCUGCUCAAAUCCCUCGACUCUGCGUUCAAGAAAUACAACGAGGGACAAUACACAACGGCGAAGCUGCCCGGCAGUAGCGAUUCCGUCAUCGUCAGCGAGCACAAUGUGUUGGCAGGCGGCCGAUACUUCGACUCCGCUACUCAAACCUCGUUCGCUUUCGAUCACGCUUCGCAAAAAGCUUCCGGCGCCCAGCAGCAUCCUCUCGAAUCCUCGCACGCAGAUCUCGUCCGCUCUCUCCUGAAAGCAUUCCAAGUUGCUGCAGCCGAGCACUUCCCCUCCUACUCCAUCGGGGUCUACCCCGUGGAUAAUGAUUCGACAGUGGCUUUGGUGCUGGUAGCGAAUAAGUAUAGCCCACAGAAUUUCUGGAAUGGACGUUGGAGGAGUACGUACCUGCUCAAUCCUUCUUCGAACUCACUUUCUGGGACUGUGAAGGCGGAUGUGCAUUACUAUGAAGAUGGCAAUGUGAGGAUGUCUACGUCGAAGAAGUUGGAAUUGGGAUCUGGGACUGGAAAUGCCGAGAGCGUGGUGAGAGAGAUUGCUAAGGCGGAGAAUAAGUUUCAAGAGGAACUCAAUAGGGCUUUCGUCACUCUGGCAGAGGGAAGUUUCAAGUCUUUAAGACGACAGCUCCCGGUCACGAGGCAGAGAGUAGAGUGGGAGAAGAUUGGAGGAUAUCGGCUCGGUCAGGAUAUUGGCGGAGGUCGGUCGAGGUAGCGUCUUCAUCAGGGCCCCGCUGCUAUUUCGUGCUGAAGAGUGAUGGGGUACUGGCAAAGGCUACGCCGUGGCUGAUAAGCCUUGAGAUGUGGCAAGCUUCGCAUUAUCCAGGUAGAAAGCCGAGGUACCGCUAGCCGCAUACAUAUCCAUUGAUUCACCUUGGCUGCCGACCGUCAUAGCCAAGAACUUUUUCAACACGUUAGCCCG